UGGCUUUGUCACACAGCCACAACAGCCAAGCCUCAGGAGUCAGCCUGCAUUCCUGCAACCGACUGGCUGGGUCCUGCUCCCCAUUUCUCAGGCGGCAAAGCUCUCUUGGAAGAGCUGGAAAGAUAAGGAAACUGAGGCGCAGAGGAGGUGGAGCCUGACUAGAGGUUGCAGUCCAGCAUUUUCUCUGUUACUCUGCAAUAAAAAUAACAAUCACAGCUAACCCUGAGAAAGUGUCCGACUCCAACCAUGCUGCCGCUGCUGUGUGCCUGCUUGCUCUUGGUGGCCCGCGCCUCUGGCGGCUCAGAUGUAUCAUCCGACGCCCAUUUCAAUACGGAGGAGCACAUCCGAGACAUGCACGCCAAAGUGACGGAGAUCUGGCAGGAGGUGACCGGGCGGCAGGCGGCGGGCGGGGGCGGCCCAGACGCCACACUCUACACCGCCUGCCACGUGCGGCCAUCCGCCACUCUGGACGCCUCGGAACCCCAGGUGACCGGCCUCGUGCUGUUCCGGCAGCUGGCACCCGGCGCCCGGCUCGACGCCUUCUUUGAGCUGGAGGGCUUCCCCGCUGAGUCCAAUGGCUCCAGCCACGCCAUCCACGUGCACCAGUUCGGGGACAUGAGCCAGGGCUGCGAGUCCACCGGGCCGCACUACAACCCGCUGGGGGUGCAGCACCCGCAGCACCCGGGCGACUUCGGCAACUUCCCCGUGCGGGACGGCAGCCUCUGGAAGUACCGCACCGGCCUCGCCGCCUCGCUCAGCGGCCCGCACUCGAUCGUGGGCCGCGCCGUGGUGGUGCAUGCGGGCGAGGACGACCUGGGCCGCGGCGGUAACCCGGCCAGCCUGGAGAACGGCAACGCGGGCCGUCGGCUGGCCUGCUGCGUGGUGGGCCUGAGCGGACCCGCGCCCUGGGCGCGCCAAGCGCUGGAGCACACGGAGCGCAAGAAGCGGCGGCGGGAGAGCGAGUGCAAGGCCGCCUGAGUGCACUCCACCCUGCGGGCGGCGGUAGAGCCCUGAUGCUCCCCAGACCCCUUCCAGGCCCCGACACCCCUCCAAGCGCCCCAAGACCCCGACCCCACCUUGACUUUCUCCCUCUGCUCCCAGAGACACCUUCUGCCCUGGGGGUCUCUCACUUCUGCCAUCGCUGAGAUCUCCCCCCAAAUUCCCUCCACCCUGAAGUCUCCAGCCAUGUAUGCUGAGAUACCCUCCGUCUAGAGGGCAGCCCUCAAACCUUGUAGCCCCCACUCCGAGCUCUGAGGACCCGCAGAAGUACCUCCCCUACAUAUCUACCAUAUACCCCACCUACCCUGAGCGUCUCCUAGACUCUUGAGGUCCCUUUCUACCCUGACACCCCUACGGUCACCACAGGAGUCCUGAGAUAUCUCUAUGCCCUAAGGACCCACCCCACCCUUUAGGAUCCUCCUAGGUGCUCCUGAAGUUGCCUAGGGUCUUCCCCCCACCCCACAACCCCCCUGUGACUAAUAUGUGCCCGGCCCUUAGGCGCCCAUGCCGAGUCUUCAGCUGUUUCUGGCCCUGGACACCCUGCGGAGAGCAGUUCCCUUUGGGGGUUGUUUGGCAAUCUUCGUGUUGCACAUUAAAAACUCAGCAACUCAGUACUGCAUCAGGGCCUCGGUUACUU